AUGUACCCCGCCUGCAACCAAUAUUCAUCCCACAACCCGCAGGAACUUCCUGCCCUUUCAACUACCCUCAACACCCAAAGAACCACAGAUAUGUCGUCUACCAACCAAGACGCAGCCUCGCUGCAAUAUACUUGCAACACUUGUCUUGUUGCCUUCCACCGCAGCGAUGCGCAAAGAGAUCAUAUGCGCAAAGACUGGCAUCUCUACAACAUGAAGCGUCGUAUCGCUUCCCUACCACCUGUCACUCUCGAAACCUUCAACGAAAAAGUUCUCGCCGCCAAAGCUACAUCCAACGAGGCUGCCGCCAAGGCCUCAUACGAAAAGACUUGCCACACAUGCAGCAAGGCAUUCUAUAGCGAAAACUCCUACCAAAACCAUCUCAACAGCUCAAAGCACAAGCAACGUGCGGCCCGCCUGCGCAAGGAUGGCGAUGCUGCGUCAGUCCAGAGCUCCGCCUUUUCUCUCGGAGAACCCGUCACCAAGUCCGACAAUGACGUUUUGAAGGUCGCCGACGACCUCAAGUCCGCUACCAUCGAAGAGCAAGAUGAAACCAUGGAGGAUGAAGCGGAUGAGGACGAGUUCCCAUCCACCCGUUGUCUUUUCUGCAAGACCGAAUCGAGCGAUAUCACCGCCAACGUGGACCACAUGCGCAAAGAGCACGGGAUGUUCAUCCCUGAGCAAAAAUACUUGGUAGACAUCGAUGGCCUUCUGAACUACCUAUACCGCAAGAUCACGGAAAACUUUGAAUGUCUCUACUGUCACACUCUCAAGAACAACGCACAAGCCAUCCAGACUCACAUGCGCGAUAAGAGCCACUGCAUGAUUGCCUUUGAAACCGAAGACGAGCAAGUUGAGAUCGGCCAAUACUACGACUUCCGGAGCACAUACUCCGACGACGAGGAUGAUUCCACUGGCGAGAGCGGUGGCGUCAAGGUGAACACCGAUGGAGACGACCAAGGAUGGGAAACCGAAAGUUCCGCUUCUUCCGUUGAUGAGGACGAUCUUGAAGACACCUUCCAAAGGGUACCGGGCGCCUACGAGACAGAUUUCGAGCUCCACCUUCCGUCUGGAAGGAGUGUCGGCCAUCGUUCCCUGGCCAAAUAUUACAGACAGAACCUGAACAAAUACCCUACCGCAUUGGAACGAGCCGCCCGCCAGCUUGCCAUUGAGAACGGUGAAAUCGAAGAAGAGGAGCCCCGUGGCCGCACCAACCAUCACCGCGCCCUCGUCACUCGUGCCAAUGGUGGCAUGGGCAUGAUUGGCGUCACCGAAGAACAAAAGAAGGCCGCCCUCACCUCUGAGCGUCGUGAAAGGACUCUUGCCCUUCGCCAGGAGAACCGCAUCAUGGCCCGCGUCCAAAAAGCCAACAACCACCAGAAGCACUUCCGCGAUCCGCUCCUGCAAUGA